UGUGGAGGCGGCAGCAGCAGAAGCAGCGCUGGCGGCCAAGCGAGCGUCGGAGGGGGCCGGGCCCAGCGCGGCGAGGACAACACGCCAGGCCCGCUCCCGCCCGCGCCCGGCAGGCAGCCCGCCAUGAGGAGGCGGCGGCGGGAGCAGCAGCAGCAGCAGCAGCCGCCCCUCGAGGCCUGAAGGCAGCCGAGCCCCGUAGGCCCCAACCCGCCUGGGGGGAGCCGGCCCGGCCCAGCCAUGGACAACCAGUGUACAGUCCAGGUGAAGUUGGAGCUCGGACACCGCGCCCAGCUGCGCAAGAAGCCCACCACUGAGGGGUUCACCCACGACUGGAUGGUGUUUGUACGAGGCCCGGAGCAGUUUGAGAUUCAGCACUUCGUGGAGAGGGUGGUCUUCCGUCUCCAUCAGAGCUUCCCUAAACCGAAACGUGUUUGCAAAGAGCCCCCUUACAAAGUGGAGGAGUCUGGCUACGCGGGGUUUAUUAUGCCCAUUGAGGUCUACUUCAAGAAUAAGGAGGAACCGAAGAAAGUGUGUUUUACCUAUGACCUUUUCCUAAACCUGGAAGGAAACCCCCCGGUGAAUCAUUUGCGCUGCGAGAAGCUCACCUUUAAUAACCCCACCAAGGAAUUCCGUCACAAACUCAUCAAAGCCGGAGGGGUGAUGGUCAUGCCGGAAGGUGCAGAAGCCGUCUCCAGGCCGAGUCCUGACUACCCCAUGCUUCCCACCAUCCCUCUCUCGGCCUUCUCUGAUCCUAAGAAGUCCAAACCAUCUCAUGGGUCAAAGGAGGUGAACAAAGAGGGGGGCAAACUCUCCAAGCCCCACAAAGUCACCCGGGAGCAUCGCGAGAGGCCCCGGAAAGACUCGGAGAGCAAAGGCUCCUCCCGAGACCCCGAACGGGAAGCCGGCAAGGCCGCCAAGGAGCCCUCCAAGAAACACGCCACCGAAAACAAAGGGCCGAAGGAGGACAAGCCCCUGCCCAAGGCCGCCCUCAAGGAGGCCAAGCUGGCCCUGAAGGAGCACAAGCUGGAGAACGCCUCGCCCAAGGGGGCUCCCCCGGCCCCCGAAGGGAAGCCCUCGGCCAAGCGGCCCCUGGCGGUGGAGUCGCCCAAGCCCAUGGCCAAGAAGGUGAAGAAGAACAGCUCGAAGGGAGCCAAGACCGUCCCCACCAACACCCACCGCACCACCACCACCACCAUCACCACCUCCUCCUCCUCCUCUUCCUCCUACGCGGAGAAGAAGCUGCCCAAGGAGAAGGGGCCCAGCGCCAAAGCCGAGAAGCCCAAGCCGGAGAGCGAAGCCAAGGCCGUCAAGAAGCCCGUGGAGGUGACGGUGGCCGAAGAGUCCAACUCGGAAGACGAGGCCUCGCUCAAGUCCGAGGGGGCGGCAAAGUCUGCCGUAUCCAGUCCUUCCAACUCCAGUUCCAGUUCCGACUCCAGCUCCGACUCGGAUUUCGAGCCAUCUCAGAACCACAGUCAAGGGCCACUGCGUUCCAUGGUGGAGGACCUGCAGUCAGAAGAAUCGGACGAUGACGACAGUUCCUCCGGAGAAGAGGUGGCCGUCAAGUCCACCCCCAUCAGCAGAGAGGCCAGGCUCAGCCACAGCGACAGCGAUACCGACAACAGCGCCGACUCCUGCCUGCCGAGUCGAGAUACGCCACCCAGGCAGAAAGGGCCCUCCGCUAACAAUAAGGUGUCGGGCAGGAAAAGUCCAGAGUCCUGCAAUAAACCGGAGAAGAUCUUGAAGAAAGGGACUUACGACAAGGCCUACACAGAUGAGUUGGUGGAGCUUCACCGGCGGCUGAUGGCUUUACGAGAACGCAACGUGCUGCAGCAGAUCGUGAACCUCAUCGAAGAGACGGGCCACUUCAACGUCACCAACACCACCUUCGACUUCGACCUCUUCUCCUUGGACGAGACCACCGUCCGCAAGCUGCAGAGCUACCUGGAGGCGGUGGCCACGUGACCCUCGGGAGCAGGACCCACCCGCUUCUCUUCGGUCUCUCUGGGAUUAGGAAAGGGGGGACGCCCCCACCCCCGCGGACUACGGCCACUGCCUUACUCUCUCCUUUCACCCGAAGCACUGCCUUAGGGAUCAGCCACACGCUAGGAAGACCCUGCCGCCGCUGCCCCCGACUCGGUUUCUCUCCUUUCGGGCUUCAGCUGAGCGCUCGCCUCUGGCCGCCGUCCUCUUGUCCCCCCAUCCCACCCGCCCCGUUUGCUCCGGAACCGCUUUGAGCGAAAGCAGGAUUUGAUCCCAGCUGGCCACCGUCUUCUCGUUCCCAGCCUGGUCGUUUUAGAAGCAAGAGAGUUUUGGGGAGGGGGUGUGGUUUUAAGAUAUAUAGACUUGGGGUCAGCCUGAAAUGGACGCAGCGCUUUCUUCCGUUGGACUCGCAGCCUCUUCCACCAGGGUGUGUGUGCGCCCGUGGGUGUCGAUCUGCUGGCACCUGCCCUCCACGGCAAACCAGUUGGGUCAACGUCGGCCUUCCUGCAGCCAUUAUUGAUGGCCGGAGACUUCUGCCCUGCCAGCUGCCAUGGGCCAAGGGGCCAGCUUUGCACUGUGGGCUGGCCACCCCGCUGGAUGUGCCCAUGCAGUGCGCUCGGACCGGGCGGAGUCUGGCACGCCACGGCUCUUCGGCAAAAGGUUUUCCGGCCCUUGAGCGGCUGAAGAUGCUUCCCUCGAGUCUUUUAAGGCGCCGCGGUUCUUGGUUCCCGGUUUGUUCCAGUUUUUGAUCGGCUUGGACCGUAAGGAUGACCUUAAUUGUAACGCUGUCCGUUUUCCACGCAUACCUACAGAUAACCCGGUCGCUAUCUGUACGUAUGUACCUAUAAUGUAUUUACGGUGUAAAAAAGAAAAAAGAAAGAGAAGGCCGCAACGGGCCUUGAGGUCUGAAAAGAGGGUUAGGGAGGGCACGUUUUAAGGCUUUUUUAAGAUUUCUUUUUUUAAAAAAAGGAAAAGGUGAAAUAGGGCUUUGUGCUACCUUCUGUUUGUUCAAACGGGCGGUUUUUUUAGCGUUUUAGAAGCGGGAGGGGGGAGUUGGGCCAAAGGCUCCCGCGGUCUUUCGUGCCGAGCGACAGUCUCCCUCUGCGCUGCGUUUCUCGGUAUGUUCGUUUUUUCAAUUUGCCAUCAGUGUUCAAGGAAAGUUUUUUUUUUGGGUGGGGGGGCCAAAAUUCCCCUCCGGUGUGCGUUGGUUGAGAGAAACCUCGUCGGCUCUGGGUUCCGCACAACCAGUUUGGAGGGCAAGAGGUCAUCAGUCAUGAAAACGUAUGUUUUGUUUCCCCUUUUCUCUUUCUUCCUUUGGAAAAAUGCUCCUUUUGUGGUUCCCGCGGGUUUCCGAAAACGGACUGAUCUUCUCGGACAACCCAUGGGAAUAUCCGUCAAUAUUCCUCGCUCAGCUAGCCACGGCGUUUUCAGGCAAGGCCUAAAAUCAUGACUCUCUCUAUAUAUACAUACACACACGCAGGAGUCCUCCCCCUCUCCCCUUUUUAGCAUUUAGAGACGCGACGAGGCGUCUGCAAGGCAGUUUUGUGUGGUCCCGUCCAUGCCUCCUGGGAACGAAGCCCCCUCCCCUCUGUCCUUCCGAGUCUCGGGGUGGGAACGCCACCUUCGGCUGAACGUUACCUGCUUGUGCACCGGGGCAGAAAAUGUUGCCGGCGGCUAAUAUUUUGUAUUUCGCCCUUUCUCCAGUUGCUCUUUCUUUUCGGAGGGAAUCGUCCCCCGGCUUCUAGAUUGUUCUUCCCCAUCGCUUCCCUAAAAGAUUGACGUGGCAAUAAGCCGAUCCGAGUGAGGUCAUGUUGACCCUGUUCCAAGGUGAAACCCCCACCCCCUUUUUUUUUUUUGGUUGCUUUUUGCUGUCUGUGUACACAACGUUGUUUGCAAAGGUUUUCGAGAUGUCAGGUUGCGCGAGCCACCCUGACUUUUGGCAACGCCUCAAGCCAGGUGGAGAUUUCCCAAUUUGGCCAGCAGACAAACGGGCAAGAAACCAACCCAGCAGAAGCCCAGACCGUUUUCUCGGUGGCAUCCCACGGGGCUGCCACACUCUGCUCGGCGACCAACACUACCGCUGGGGCCAGCCUUUUCCCCCUCCCCCCCCAGAUCUGCUUGCGACCGCUGUAAAAAUGGUUCCCUCCCAAAGCAAGGGCUGAUUCCCCCCCUGGUCACACUGUUCCCCCCUCUUAGCUUUGAAGCUGCUUGGAAGAGAAAGAGGCUCCCAUGUGCUUCCAGAGGGCUUGGCUGGGGAGGGGUCAGAAGGGCUAGGGUGGGGGGAAGAAGGGAGGGGGUCCUCCUGAAUUAAUGCUCUGACCUCCCUGCAAUAAAAGGGGAGGGGUCUCUUCCGCUGGAGACAGCAUUUGUGUUUGUAGGUCCCCAAAUUACUUUAGUUUCUCUACCCCACCACCUUGCUCCCCCAAAGGCUGGAUGUUUCGUGGUGGGGCGAGAGCCUCAAAGAACUGGCUGGCUGGCUGGCCGACCAGAGGACCGUCUCUUCUCCCUCCUCCCCCCCCCACCUUCCCUGGCAGACGAUUCUCUCUCAGGCGCGGCCGUGUUUGCGGGUGUUUGCGGGUGUGAUGUGAUUAUCUCGUGCGUUGUCUCCUCUGCCCCUUCGGGCUUCCUGCUUUUAGCUUCCUCCCAUCUGAUGCUCGGGUAGACAACGCCCAUCACGCUCUUCCGUAAGGUGGGAAAUAAUAGAUAUAUAGAUAUAUAUACAGUGGUGGGAUUCAAAUAAUUUAACAACCGGUUCUCUGCCCUAAUGACCAGUUGGGUAGGUGUGGCUCAGUGGUCAUGUGACCGUGUGGGCGUGGGCAACUCAACGGCACUCACGUCGAUGGACGCUUCGCCUUAGCUGUUACAAUGUAACAAGGCUUAACCAGAGAGGCAGUUUCUGUAAGUAGGGCAAUAAAGAUGAGGCUAGAAAUACCACCAGAAUGUUACCUUCCUGCCUUCCUUACAGGAUUAGCCCUGUAAAGUGGAAAAAAACAAAAUAAGAUUUCUUCCAACAAACAGGUUCUUCGAACUGCUUAGAAAGUUAACAACCGGUUCUCCCGAAUUGGUGUGAACAGGCUGAAUCCCACCACUGGAUAUAUACAUAUAUAUAUAUGUAUGUAGGUUUUUGGUUAUUCUGGUUUUCUCCCGCGUAAAAUUGGAAGUGUCUUGACGAUGUUUCAACGAAGUCUCAUUCGUCAUCAUCAUCAGGCUGGUGUUUACAGCUUCGUGCUUCUAGGAGCAAUAAAUAGGACAUUGCUCCUAGAAGCACGAAGCUACAUACAAACACCCGCGAAAACCUCAGAAAAUAAAUAAAUAAAUAUACAUACAUACAUACAUACAUACAUACAUACAUACAUACAUACAUAUAUAUAUAUAUAUAUAUAUAUAUAUAUAUAUAUAGUCUUGCAGAAACGUUAAGCAGAAACGUUGGCAGGCCAGGGGCAGAAAUAUUGCAAUGGAGGCUCCUUUGAGUUGGAGACGUGGCCCUGCAAACCUAAAAGUUGUCCAAUCCUCCAAGAUUUGACAUCUUGGAAAAACCUCAGAAGUUUCUGGGAGGGAGGCAAACAUUUGAGUAAGGCGCGAAGCUUUUCCAGUUCCAGUGUGUUUUCCUCUCCCCUCUGGUUUCUGGUUUUUGUUUUUUUUUAAUUUGAAUUUAUAUCCCGCCCUUCUCCGAAGACUCAGGGCGGCUUACAAUAUGUUAAGCAAUAGUCUUCAUCCAUUUGUAUAUUAUAUACAAAGUCAACUUAUUGCCCCCAACAAUCUGGGUCCUCAUUUUACCUACCUUAUAAAGGAUGGAAGGCUGAGUCAACCUUGGGUCUGGUGGGGCUUGAACCUGCAGUAAUUGCAAGCAGCUGCUGUUAAUAACAGACUGUCUUACCAGUCUGAGCCACCUGAGGCCCUUGAACCCUUGUUUCCUUGUUUCAGAAAGAAAUUUGGGGGAAUGGGAUGCCUGGGCGGUUCUCUGCACAGAGCAUAGCACAAUUUUGUGUGAGUCGUAUUUCAGAUAUUAAUUCCGGACCGUGUUGAGUGUUGAGAGUGGGCAACUGGCAACUUCCGAAUCCAGGCCAGGGCUCUCCCAGACAUGGCAACUUUAAGAUGAGUGGACUUCAACUCCCAUCAUUCCACAUGUCUUAAAGUUGGCGAAUUCAUUUCCCUUGCCAGUUUCGGCUGGUCUGGAGGCCACCAAGCGAAGCAAUGCAAAAAUCCAGCCCCUGCCCCGAAGCCACCUCUCUGCUUCCAGGAAUUUAAUCAGAGGGGUGGCACAACUCAUAACACAUCGGGGGGGGGGCAUUUCAUGGGGGUGGUGGGCUUCUCCUGGCACAUCCCCUAAUGUUUUCCUCUCGAACCAAAGGUGGACUUUGUGCUUCGGGUCAGCCGACCUUGGCGAUCGAUCAGCCCUUGCGAACGUGGCUUGGCCGGCCUUCCUCUUUUUGCCCAUCGCCGAAAUAAAUAAUUGACAGAACGGGUGAUUUCCAAGGGCGAGACGACCUGGGGCACAAAAUAACCGGAGUAUUUUUAGCGGAACGGCCCUUCAACAAAGCUUCUCUCCGACCCUCCUUAAGAGGCUUCUCAGUUUCGCCAGAACAAAAGUAUUUCACGAGUAAUGUUGGUUUUUUUUUCUUCCUUGGUUUCCUGUUUGUCCCCAGUUUUGGAAGCCGGGAGGAUUCGUAGACCGGCUUUUCCUGCAGGUGGGAAUGGGUGGGCAACACACACACACACACGCCUCCAGAAAUAUGGACGGCUGCUGUUUGCGCUCAGAGUGAAGGUCUCCCCCUCCCCACUUAAGAGCCAUUUUGGCUUGGAAAAAGAAGUCCUGUUUUUGCCCUGUUCUCCGAGGAGCAGUUUAUGCGGGACCCUUCAAUUUAAGGGGCUUGUCUGCAAAUCCCACCCUCUUCCGCCCCCUCCCCAAUGGUUGCCCCACCGAACUCUCCCCCCCAAACACGAGGGAACAUCCCCGGUCUGAUCCCACCUUUUGCAGCACCCCCAGAUUUUCUCAGAGCAGAAAGUGGUCAGGCGAGGGGCGUUGGGGGGGGGUAUGUCCAGCCUUCCCAACCUUUGAAGACUCGUGGACUUCAACUCCCAGAAGUCCACUGGCUGGGGGAAUUCUGGGAGUUGAAGUCCACAGAUUGCCGAAAUUGGACGCCCAUGUUGUAGAUUGAACGAAUCUUCUUUAAAUUUGGAUUUUCCCAUUUGGGGGUCAGAUGUGCCAUUUCAGGGAUUUAUUUAUUUUUCCCCUCGCAUCCGUUCUUUUGGUAUUUUAAAAGUUAAAAAAAGUAUUUUGGAGAACAAUCUCCUACAGGAUCGGCCGAUCCCUCUCAGUUUUUGCAGUUCGUUUCUUUGCUUUUUAUGAAUAAGGAGAUUUCUAAUCUCCCAGCCAGGUGAGCUUCGUAGGGCCUUUCUCUGCUCCUUGUUUUGACCAGGUGCAUCACAAUUAACUACAAUUAAGCAUCUCUUGUUAUUUCUCCCCCCCUCCCUUUUCAUUGCCAAGGGCACCCGUCUCCCCCACCUGUCCCAUCUCAGGUUCGCCCCGUGGGUGGAGAUGGGGGCGAGGGGGGGUACCGGUCUGGCCUUGAGAACAAAACGGGGGGGGUUUGCACCCUCAAAACGAACAAGUCCUUAAGGCAGGUAUUGGAAAGCUUCGGUUUCUCUCUCCGGAGCAAAAAGUAUUAAAAAUCAACCCAGGCGCGUUAAAAAUUGGUUUUUAAGGCCGGAGGGCAGAGGGUCGAUCGGGGACUCGCCUGUCCUGCUGCAGAAUCCGAAACAAAAACCUUUUGGAGGAAAAAAAAAAAAGUCAGGGGUGGGGAGGGAAAUGUUUGUAAUAAGUUAUGGGGUUGUGGUCAAUUU